CGUUUCUUUUUUAUUGUCGAUUUUAUUUGCUAUCAUCGUUAUGUUUUAAUCGUCCUUUGUUUGAUGACGCAGUAAGAAUUUAUGCAUGUGGCUCUGAAUCUAUUGCCUUGAAAUGCCAUAGACACUUGGGUAUUUGACAUCGAAUAGAGUCGAGCAGGUGUCAUUUCGAUUCCGAUGCUUUUUAAGUUAAGAAAUACUAUAAAUAUUUAUUUAUUUUAAACUAUCCAAUCCCAACUUGCCUUUUCCAUAUAUUGCAACGGCAGGGUUUUUUUUUUUUUUUUUUGAUGGUUCAUCCCACUUUAAACUUUUGACAGUUAAUACCUGGACAAAAGAUCAUCAUUAACAAAUCCCAAGACAAAAUCAUGAUGAAGAAUAAGAGUAAAAAGCAGGAAGAUGAAGGCUCGACUCAAAGCAAUGAUUCCAGCAAUUCAGCAUCAGAGGAAUCUAACCGCUCUGGAUCAGAGUCUGGGAGUCAGUCUGAGAGCGAGCAAGGAAGUGAUAGAGCUCGUUCCCGGCAUUCCGAAUCCAACAGCACAUCUGAUUCUGAGAGCCACUCGGAGUCAGGCAGUGAAUCCACUGGGUCCAAAUCCCGUCAGACCUCAGCGCAGGUCAAAGACAAACCAGUCAGGAAGAAAGACAACCUGGCAGAUGUGAAGAAGAUGUGGGAGGAACAUCCAGAUAUUUAUGGUGUUAGAAGAUCCAGUCGCAGCAGACAAGAGCCUGCUCGCCUCAACAUUGGAGCUGAGGGCAGCAGUGAUUCAGAGAGUGAAACUCCUGAAAGAAAAAGCUUGCGGCAGAAAAAGAAAGAAAAUACCUGGAAAGAUGAUGACUCAAAUGACGAAGAGGAUGUUGAGGAAGAGGCCAGCAGUUCAGAGAGUGAGCAGGAAGAGAAAAAAGUUAGAUCCAGACGACUUCCUGCUAGAAGGCCACAGACCAAAUCAUCUGGUAAGCAGCAGUCACAAAAGGGACGGAAACAGAGGAAGGAGUCCUCAGAUGAGGAUGAUGACGAUGAUGAGGAGGAUACCCCAAAAAGACAAACAAGGCGGCGAGCAGCAACUGAAGUCAGUUACAAGGAGGACCAGAAUGAUUUCGAGACGGACUCUGAUGACCUUAUUGAAAUGGCAGAAGGAGCCGAGGAGCAACAGGACAAUGACAGUGAAACCAUUGAGAAGGUCCUUGAGACCAAAAUUGGCAAAAAAGGAGCUACUGGAGCUUCCACAACUCUCUAUGCUAUUGAGGAAAAUGGGGACCCUGGAGCAGACUUUGACCCUGAGAACGAUGAAGGGGAGACUCAGUUCCUCAUCAAGUGGAAAGGCUGGUCCUACAUACACAGCACCUGGGAGAGUGUAGAUUCCCUCACUCAGCAGAAAGUCAAAGGGAUGAAAAAGCUGGAAAACUUCAAGAAGAAAAACGAAGAGCUUAAUGCUUGGUUGAAGAAAGCAUCACCUGAAGAUUUAGAAUAUUACAACUGCCAGCAAGAACUAACCAAUGACCUGAGCAAGCAAUUCCAGAUAGUAGAGAGAGUGAUCGCAACAAGAACUGGGAAAUCACAACCACCUUCAGACAUUCCCUCUCAUAAAACCAGCUCCAGCGAGCCAGAGUAUAUGUGUAAGUGGAUGGGGCUGCCGUAUGCAGAGUGCACAUGGGAGGAUGACGCAUUAAUCGGAAAGAAAUUUCAGGCCUGCGUUGAUAGUUUCCAAAACAGAAGUGCCUGUAAGACAGUUCCUUCCAAAGAUUGCAAGGUAUUGAAACAGAGGCCAAGAUUUGUGGCCUUGAAGAAGCAGCCUUCUUACAUUGGAGAUGAGGUCCUUCAACUCAGAGAUUACCAGUUAGAUGGAGUGAACUGGCUCGCUCACUCCUGGUGCAGGUGUAACAGUGUUAUCUUGGCUGAUGAAAUGGGCCUGGGGAAGACCAUUCAGACGAUCUCCUUCCUUUCCUACCUUUUCCAUCAGCACCAGCUUUAUGGUCCCUUCCUCCUGGUGGUACCCCUGUCAACCCUCACUUCCUGGCAGAGGGAGUUUGAUACAUGGGCCCCGGACAUGAAUGUAGUGGUGUACCUGGGAGACGUCACAAGUAGAAAGACAAUCCGGGACUAUGAAUGGAUCCACCAGCAGACAAAAAGGAUCAAGUUUAAUGCACUUUUGACCACAUAUGAAAUUCUACUGAAGGACAAGGGAGUGCUGGGGAAUAUAAACUGGGCUUUCCUCGGAGUUGAUGAAGCUCACCGGCUAAAGAAUGACGACUCGCUGCUAUAUAAAACUCUGAUCGACUUUCGAUCCAAUCACAGGCUACUCAUUACUGGGACCCCACUGCAGAAUUCGCUCAAAGAGCUGUGGUCCCUUCUGCACUUUCUUAUGCCUGACAAGUUUGAGUCCUGGGAGGAUUUUGAGGAUGAGAAUGGUAAAGGCAGGGAUAAUGGUUAUCAGAGCCUCCACAAAGUUCUGGAGCCAUUCCUACUGCGUCGUGUCAAGAAAGAUGUAGAGAAAUCCCUGCCGGCUAAAGUGGAGCAAAUCCUCAGAGUUGACAUGUCUGCCCAGCAAAAACAGUUCUACAAAUGGAUCCUAACAAGAAACUACAAAGCCUUGUCUAAAGGCACCAGAGGCAGCUCUUCUGGCUUUUUGAACGUUGUCAUGGAGCUGAAGAAAUGUUGUAACCAUGGUUUUCUCAUCAAACAACCAGAGGAGGUUGAGAAUGAGAAAACACAAGAGCACCUACAGAGCUUGGUGCGAGGCAGCGGGAAACUGGUUCUGCUGCACAAGCUUCUCACGCGUCUCAGGGAGAGAGGCAACCGUGUGCUCAUCUUCUCUCAGAUGGUCCGAAUGUUGGACAUCCUUGCUGAAUACCUGUCUUUGAAUCGCUAUCCAUUUCAGCGUUUGGACGGCUCCAUCAAGGGAGAGCUCAGAAAACAAGCACUGGACCACUUUAAUGCAGAAGGCUCUGAGGACUUCUGUUUCCUGCUGUCCACCCGAGCUGGAGGGCUUGGGAUUAACCUGGCCUCUGCCGACACAGUGGUUAUCUUUGACUCGGACUGGAAUCCACAAAAUGAUCUUCAAGCCCAGGCCAGAGCCCACAGGAUUGGCCAGAAAAAGCAAGUGAAUAUCUAUCGUCUGGUCACAAAAGGCACAGUGGAGGAAGACAUUAUUGAAAGAGCCAAAAAGAAGAUGGUACUAGACCAUCUCGUGAUUCAGAGGAUGGACACCACUGGGCGAACCGUACUGGAUAACAGCUCCGCAAAUUCAAAUUCAAACCCCUUCAGUAAAGAAGAAUUGACAGCAAUCUUGAAGUUUGGAGCAGAGGAUCUUUUUAAGGAACCUGAGGGGGAGGAAUCAGAGCCACAGGAAAUGGACAUUGAUGAGAUCUUGCGGCUUGCUGAAACCAGAGAGAGCGAUCAAGGAUCUAGUGCUACAGACGAGCUUCUGUCACAGUUUAAGGUUGCUAACUUCACCAUUGAUGAAAGCACACCAAAUCUUGAGGAGAAGCCUAUACGCGACUGGGAUGACAUAAUUCCAGAGGAGCAGCGGCGGAAGGUGGAGGAAGAGCAGAAGCAGAAGGAGAUGGAAGACAUCUACAUGCUGCCCAGAAGCAGAUCUAAAAAGAGGGCGCAGGCCAAUGACAGUGACAGUGACGUGGGAUCCAAACUGAAGCACAGAUCCUCGGCUUCAGACAGUGAAACAGAUGAUAGUGAGGAUGACAAACGGCCCAAGCGAAGAGGCAGGCCGAGAGCUCGCAAAAACAAUGUGGAGGGAUUUACUGACGCAGAGAUCCGCAGGUUUAUAAAAGCAUACAAGAAAUUUGGAGCUCCGCUUGAGAGGUUGGAGGCGAUUGCCCGUGACUCUGAGCUGGUGGAUAAGUCCAUUGCAGACCUGAAGAGACUCGGGGAACUGGUGCACAACACCUGUGUGACUGCAGUGCAGGAGCAUGAGGAGCACAUGAAAGAAAACCCUGUGGAAGCUAAAGGCCCGGGGAAAAGACGAGGCAUUAACAUAAAGAUCUCUGGAGUUCAGGUCAAUGCUAAGUCUAUUAUCCAGCACAAAUAUCCAGUUUACUCAAUAUUAUUCAGUGAAGUUUUCCAUUUGGCUAGAUUUCAGCUGACCUGUCGGGUGAAGACUCCACACUUUGACGUAGACUGGGAUAUUGUGCCUUCAAGAUAUUGUUAUCGUGGGCACUUCUAAAUACCGUGAAACGGCUACGGCAACUGGGACCUGAUCAAGACCGAUCCUGAUCUCAGACUUUCUGAGAAGAUUCUCCUAGAUGACCCUGAAAAGAAACCUCAGGCAAAGCAGUUACAGAUGCGAGCAGACUACUUGCUUAAGAUGCUGAAGAAGGAGCAAGAAAGCCAAGAUGCUGCUAAAACGGGAGAUGAGACCAAACCCAGAAAGAGGAAACCUCGAAUGAAGAACAAGACCCCUAACAAUGAUCUGGUCAAUGAAAUCACCUCUCCUCGUCUCUCCGACAACCUGUCAGAAGAGGGAGAGGUGAAGGACGAUGGAGCUGAAAAAUCGCCCACAAAGAAGAAACAGAAAAAGGAUAACAAAGAGAACAAAGAAAAAACAGGAACUCCUAAAAAAGAGAAGGAGGGGGACAAAGACAAAAAGCGUUCCAAGUCCAAAAAAGAGAAGGCCAAACCAGGAGGAAAAGGGAAGAAAGCUCAAGGCCCUGUGCACAUCACUGCAGGAAGUGAGCCUGUACCAAUUGGAGAGGAAGAUGAUGAGCUGGACCAGGAAACAUUCAGCAUUUCUAAGGAGCGGAUGAGGCCGGUGAAGAAGGCUCUGAAGCAGUUGGAUAAGCCAGACGAGGGGCUGUCAGUGCAGGAGCAGCUGCAGCACACUCGUACCUGCCUGCUAAAGAUCGGAGACCGCAUCACAGAGUGCCUUAAAUCGUACAGUGACCCAGAGCACGUCAAGACCUGGCGCAGAAACCUCUGGAUUUUUGUUUCUAAAUUUACUGAGUUUGGUGCCCGGAAACUGCACAAGCUGUAUAAGAUGGCUCAAAAGAAGCGCUCCCAGGAAGAAGAGAAAGAGCAAAAGAAGAAAGAUGAUCCUGCCAAGAAAAAACCCUUCAGACCAGAACCUUCUGGAUCUAGUCGGGACUCUACAGGUACCCAUCCUGCAGUCAACCAUCUGCCUGGACCUCCCACUCACGCCCACCACAGAGAGUACAACCACCCCAAUAAAAGGCACUUUCCUAAUGACGAUAGGGGAGACUGGCAAAGGGACCGUAAGUACAGCUACCCAGGUAACAGCAAUCAGCCCUGGCAAGGGGAUCGGUAUCACCCGUAUGACUCUCACAGGUACAAGGACCAUCAUUACGGUGACCGCCGUCCUCAUGGUGACUACCGCAGCUCAGGAGGUUACCGUAACGGCGGCUCCCCUCGCAAACGACCCUAUGAUUAUGGUAAUGAUAGAGAUCAUCGUGGCCAUCGAGACUAUUAUGACAGACAUCCAGACCCUAAGAGAAUGCGUUCCGAUGAAUACCGCUCCCCGAACUAUCACCCGGGUGGAGGAGGGCAUCCACAGGACUUCAGAAGGAUGCCGGACCACAGGGGACCCCCUGGAAACCAUGGUCCCAUGGGGCCCGAUCACUACCGCCCCUUCCACCCUGACAAACCCCCACCCCUGAUUGACCCCCGUUCCCCUCAGUCUCAGAAAUCCCCCCUUGAGCCCAUCUCACUUGCUAUGGAAAGAACUGCAGAGCAGAAACCUGUGACAGACUUUAAUUGGAACAACAGGAAGACGUGAGGUGAAUACUUGGUUAGUGCAGAGACGGUCUGUACUGCCAAAGAACGUGGCAGAAAAGCCACCUAGGCAAUAAAUGGAGCCUCCACCAAACUCCUCUUUAUCGCCACUGUGUCCUCCGCUCUCUUCUAGGAUUCACAACCAGGUUAAGUCUGCCAUUUUGGACUGAGGAGACAGAACAAAGCGUGGUUAGUCCUAUGGACUAUGAUUGAACUUGAUAAAGUGUUCAAGUAUGCCUAAGUUAGAAAGUGCCUCAUGUAUUUAGUUUUUGUUGAGAGUCAUUAGCAGAAAGGGACUGUCCCCAAAGCAAACUUUUGUUUGAUGUUCAUGUCUUUUUGUUUCGUGUUAUUUUGGUUUGUGCAAAAAAGGAUUAUUUCAUGAAAGUAGUCUUUGUGGGAGGAGAAAAAAGGAAUCCUUUUAAUUGCAUGAUGGUGAUUCAUAUUUUUGUUGAGCUAUUCGAAACUGUCGCUUUUGCUUUCUGAAAUGCCCAGACCCCUGUGAUCGUACAUCAUUUUGAGGAAAGAAAAUCAAGUAAUUACAUGUACAUUUUUGUCUUUUGUCUUAUGUGAUGAGCAACAACCGCAAAAUUACUGGAAUUGUUUUUCUUGAAUUAUCGAAUCUGCGUCUUCGCUAUAAUGCAGACCUGCCACUUGUUAAUAUUGCCCUGUUGGAGGACAGUAGCCUUGUUUAAAAAAACAAAGAAGAAAAAACAGUAUUCAGGGUCCAUGUAGACCUGGUCAGAACACUAGAUAAUCAUAACAGAUAAGCUAUCUUUGUUUUUAUUUUCUUAAAUCUGUAACACUUGCCACCACAGUGCUUGUACUGUUGCAUCUUUUUAUUGCACUAAAAGGACAGUAGUUGCUCGAUUU